GUUGUCGUCUUGUAAAUAACACCUUAAUCAUAUUGGGACUGCCAUCCCAUCAAUUGUUAUUACAAUAACAAAGUUGUUUUGUUGUGUCAUGAACAGAUCAUGCAGACUAUACUUCCUGUUUAACGAGAAGCAUCGCACUGGUUCUUUUAAAGCAGGAAGUGUGGAAAUGUGCUACCCUUCUGACACACUUCUGUUGAACUUUGUCAAUGGCCAAAAUCAUUUGGAAAGCAAACAUGCUUGUCAGGCUGUAUUUUACCUCCUUUUCCUCAACUGCCCCCCCCCCUCUCUUAAGAACCAGGAAAUCAAACUGCAGCAGGCACCGUGUCAAACCAUGAUAUGCACUUGGUUCUACCCCAUCUAUGGGGCCAAACGUGAUUGAGUCAAGAGCUGGUCUCCCCUGCCUGGAAAUACGAUCUGACUUACUCACAAGUAAAAGUUGCUCAGACACACAAGCACAUAUGCAUUCCCUCACAUGAGCGAAUGCAACCUUCUUUGUUUUACUGUUAUUUCUCCAACGAAAGCUCAAAAAAAGUUACAUGUUCAGGAAAUCAUUUGACAUGGAUUAGGGCUAACAUCUUCUGGAAAUUUACUCUAAAGUUGCACAAAAAUUGUCAUUUUGACAUUCUCUCAUGUGAGACCUCGGUGGGGUACUACCACACAAAAGGAUAUAAAGGAAUGCGAUGUUGAUCACACCCAUUUUAAUUGAACAUAUGAAUGUACUGGCAUGGAAGGUUAGUCUGUUGAAUCAUGACAACUUAUGUUUAAAGUUAUUGGAAUAUUAAGUAAGAACCUUGGCUGCCUCGGCUGACAACGGUUUCUCCAGUUAUCAAAGCUGUGAAUGUGCUUCUGAUGCAAUUCUUUAUUGCAAUUUAAGCCUUUAAGGUGACAUGAACCUGUUUCAAUGUGGGGGAACCUGACCACGAUGAUGUGAGGGUGAUGUCAUCUGAUAUAGAGCAGCCACACUUUGGGGGCCUAUUCCCCACUUUUGAGAAUUGCACCGCAACUUGCCGAAAGCAUACGUGACAAAAAGCCGGGAGAGAUAAGCACAACCUGGAACUGCUAAAGGUCAAGCACCGGUGUAAUAAUGCCAAAAUAUCACAACAGUUAAAACCAAACUCAAGAUCUGGAAUGUGUUCUAUACUUAAAGGGACAGCACAAGGCUUUGGAGAAGUUGCCAAAGGACGAUCCCAACUGAUGACAGUCUGCAAUUGCCUUGUGGGUUAGAAUACUCAUUGUACCGUAAGCUACAAUAGAUCCACAUAAACAAUAUGUCGCACAGAGCAAGAGGAGAAAGCUCUCCUGUAAUCUCAGAGUCUUCAAGAUCCAGUGAGAAUUCAAAUUCAAGUACCACUUCUAGCGGAAGAAUUGAUGCAGAAAUUCACCAGGAACAACUCAACAAAUGGGAGAGCAACUUUAAACUUCGAGAGGCAAUGUUGUUGUCAGAACUGAAUCAGAAAGAAGUAGAAUGGAAACUUAAAGAGGCAAUGUUGUUGUCAGAAUUGAAGCAGAAGGAAUGGAAACUUCGAGAGACAACACUGCUGUCGGAAAUUAAGCAGAAGGAGGUUGAGAUGAAGCUCAGACUUGAACAGGAGAGAACCAAAUUGCAAAAGUUACAAGCCAAAAAGGAAACCAAGAAUCUUCAGACGCUUGUGAAGACAUGUCACGGUUGCAAAGGUCUGACCCCUUUCAUGGAUGAAAUUCAGGUUAACUCUGCAUGUGAAGAAACUAAAGGUAGCAUGACAACAAACCCAAAUGUAGCAGCAUUCCCUACUCAACCAGUAUCUCCUACAACCUUAGUGACUCAGGAGACUUUGAGUCAGGCUCAAGUAAGUUCAAAAAGCACACCUAUUCCGCAAGUUCCACAGCCAACAACCUUCAGUCGUAAACCUCUGAAAUGUCUUGACCGGGACAUUUCUUCCAUGAAAUUAAUUGAUAAAGAGCCAUUAAUAACGAAGAAGACACUGAAACAUGUUCGGGUUGAUGAUGGGCACCAAGCUGUGAAAGGUUUCCCCCACAGAGAUCAACAAAAGGCACACAAUGAAGCUUCAGCAUUACUCAAAAAAAGAACUGAUAGCCCAUCUGCUCUAGAAAGUGCGUUCAGAGAAAAGCUGAUGAGAUGGCCCAAGAUCAGAGAUAAUGAUCCGCUGGCACUAAAAGCAUUUGUAGCCUUCUUGAAAAGCUGCAAUGGAAACGUUCCCUAUGGUGAGGAACUAACCUUUUUGAACAGUUGUGAGGAAAACUAUAAGUUACUUGAAAAAAUGCCUGAAUGGAUCAUCCACAAGUGGAGUCAAAUUGUUAUGGAUGAACUUGAAAUCCAUGGCGAAUAUCCAAAUUUUGCGUGUUUCGUACAGUUUCUGAAAACAGAAGCACAGAUUCACUGCAGCCAUACCGCCUCACCGCCCAUUAUGAACAACAAAUCCUUGGACAGUCGAUCACCUAAUCAGAAAAGGAGUCCCAAAACAAGUAUACAACAAAAGAAUGCCGUCUCCCAAAUAGUGUCCGGCAGCCCACUGACAUCUUUCUGCUUUUUUUGCAAAAAGGACGGUCAUGACAUGGCUAGAUGCCCCAUCUUUGCUGCAAAGCCUCUCGAUGGUAAGAAAACAUUCAUACAUGGCAAUCAUCUGUGUUUUGGAUGUCUCAAGAAGGGACAUUUCAUCAAAGAAUGUAAACAAAGACACAUUUGCAGCACAUGUUAUCGUCGUCAUCCAACCAGCCUGCAUACAAGCACGACUAAAAGACCUGCAAAUGUUGCCAAGAAGGACUAUACUCCAAAGGAAGACCACAGAAGACCAGGGGCGCAAAAGGUUCUCUUUCACUCAUCAGAAAAACGCUCCGCUGCUACAUCAAGUAUUGUUCCAGUUUUUGUCUCAUCAAUUGUGGAACCAGAUAAGGAAGUACUCACCUAUGCGAUAUUAGACGCACAGAGCAGCUCAACGUUUAUCUUAGAAGAUGUGCUUGACAAAUUGAACGUGGGUAUCCAGUCAGUUAAGCUAAAACUGAGCACUAUGACUGCCACCGACACGAUAAUAGCGAGCAAGAAUGUUCAAGAUUUACAAGUAAGAGGUCUAAACUUGAGCAGUCAAAUUCAGAUCAAGCAAGCCUAUGCUCGUGAUUUCAUCCCAAUGAAUAAGGGGCAGAUUCCUACGAGUCACACCGCACUGCAAUGGCCACAUCUGGCACACUUGGCGGACAAAUUGCCACCAUUUCAAAACUGCAAUGUGGGUCUUUUGAUCGGAUAUGACUGUCCGUCAGCUCUCGCUCCUCUUGAAGUCAUUGUUGGCGCUGCAAAUGAAGCUUUUGCACAGCGGACACAACUCGGGUGGAGCAUCAUAGGCCCAUCAAACCCCAGCUUUGACUGGUUACAAACCAAAUCUGACGCCUUAGUGAUGUGAAACUGAAAUAACUUUGCAUUAUUUCUUUUUCUAAUUCAACAAAAUUGUCCACGACACACUGGAUCAGCUGCACAGCUGAUAGAUAGCAAACAAAUCUCAAUACCAGAGACAGACUCUUUUUUUUUUUUUUGGUCUCUUUAACCAAAAUUAUUUGUGGAAAAAAGGCAUUGAUUCUUCUUAACAAAGCAUAAAGUGAAUGCUCCAUAGGGUUUUCUUGUGUUCUGUCAGCAGUAUAUCAACUAGAGACACAACAAUGUCAUGUUUUCACAAGUUUCUCCAUUUGUCAUCAGAACUGUCCAUCGAACAUCCACUGCUUCCUUCCUUUGUCUGCAGCAAAGAGACCAUUGCCAGUACUGUUAUAUUAAAAUAAAUAAAUGAGCCAACCACCUUCGGUAUUGAAUGCAUGACUUGAUUAUUCACAACAAAUGUGUCAUUUCAUUCAACCUAGUUUGGAGUGAUGAACACAGGUACCAAAUGUUGACUCGUAGUAGGAGUAGUAGUGUAUGACCAUUGUUUUUAUUUAGAAAGCAUCAAUAUUUUUAUGUCACAGUGGGGUCAUAAUCUAGCUCAGAUUCAAAAUUUCAGUUGUUAAAAACUAGAUGUAGUUUAAGUGUAGAGAUGUGUUGGAAGGGCAAACUUUGCACUCUGAAUCUUAUGAAACAUUCCCCACUUAUUACUUUGAUCUUGCAAGGUGCCAUUUCCUUCAAAAUGUGGUUUGAGUCAUACAUCAAGGGGCAUAGUACCCUUCAGCUUUGGGCAUCAGUCCAGUUGACUGGUGACCUGAGCUUUCUUAUGCAAACUUCCAGUUUUCAAAGGCUGCUGAGUGCCCUUUCCUGCUUUGUCAAGAUCACAUAAGGAUGUGUCGAGUAUUGGCUACGAAGGCAUGACACUACAAUUUUUCAAGUGGACGCCUAUUUGUA